ACCUACCCAAGUACAUAACGCCACACUUCAGCUGAAGCUCUGAGAGAACCAAAAACCCAGUUGAUAUAUUUCCGGAGAAUUCAUACAUAUUUAGAUAGUAAAAGCAAAAUGGCUUUUUCUGGUGAUUUUGGAAUCUCUGCAAUUUUUGGAACUUGCCCUUUUAAGCACCACCACUCUCUGGGAAUCUCUCUCCAACCCUCCAAGGUAAAAUAUAACGGUUUCAAUGGCGGAGGUAGUUUUCCUGUGAUGAAUCAAACGUAUUUCUCAAAUCUAAUUUGCUAUAGCUCGAACUCGAAGUGUCACUAUGACCAAUCAUUUGGAAUUGAAGGAAACAGUGAACUCUUUCCGGGACCUAUAAGCCAAGAAACAGAAGGCCUUCUCCUCAAUGCUCUAAACAUGAGCUUUUUCGAGCGCUUGAAUUUGGCAUGGAAGAUAUUGCUCCCUUCACCACCGACACGAAGGACUUCCAAUGCAAAGAUUGCAAAGCAGCGGUUGCAGAUGAUUCUCUUCUCUGAUCGAUGCACGGUAACCGAUGAGGCGAAACAGAAGAUUGUGAGCAACAUUGUCGGAGCUCUAUCCGAUUUUGUGGAAAUAGACUCGCAGGAUAAAGUCCAGCUUAGUGUCUCGGAGGAUCAGGACCUAGGCACCGUGUACUCUGUUACAAUCCCCGUUCGGCGUGUGAAGCCCGAAUAUCAGGACGAGGAUGAUGUUGAGGGCAUACCAAACGACGAAGACAUGGAUACAGGGGGCAUGCAACAGAUUGAGGAGAGAGGGAAAGACAGAGAAGGGGGCAUGCAAUAGAUUAAUCUUUUUGUAGUAUUUUUAUAGAUUAAUUUAUAUAAUUUUUUAUAGUAUUUUUAUAGAUUAAUUUAUAAUAUGAAUGGUUCUGAUUAUAAACAUGAAUUACUAUGAAUCAGCAACGAACA